ACAAGCCAAGCCGGCACCAUGGGCAAAUCUACUCUCCUGCUCACUGCAGUCGCAUCGUUGCUCUUCAGCGGCGCGUCUGCCACCCUCGAUCCAAUCGUUAUCAAGGGUUCAAAAUUCUUCUUCAACAGCAACGACACCCAGUUCUUCAUCAAGGGCGUUGCUUACCAGGCUGGAUUCAAUCCUUCCACCUCAGGUAGCACCAGCACCAACAGCACUACCAAAUACACCGACCCUCUCGGCGAUGUGGAUAGCUGUACUCGCGACAUUCCAGAGCUCCAAAAGUUGGGAGCCAACACCAUCCGAACUUAUGCCAUCGAUCCUACCUUAGAUCACUCCAAGUGCAUGGCAUUGCUGGAUGCCGCCGGAAUCUAUGUCAUCAGUGACUUGGGUGAACCCUCUAACUCUAUUGAUCGAUCCGACCCACAAUGGACCACCACACUGCUGGACCGAUACACAUCUGUUGUUGAUGCUAUGGCGACGUACUCCAAUGUCAUUGGAUUCUUUGCUGGAAAUGAGGUCCCCAACAACCUGACCUACACCGGCUCUGCCGCUAUCGUGAAGGCUGCUGUUCGAGACACCAAGGCAUAUAUUAAGCAGAAGAACUACCGAACCAUGGGAGUAGGCUACGCCGCUGAUGAUGACCAAACUGUCCGGGCUCAAGUCGCUUCUUACCUGAACUGUGGUGAUGUUGAUAGCUCAAUCGACUUCUGGGGAUACAACAUCUACGAAUGGUGCGGUACCGAUGCAACCUUUGAAAGCUCCGGCUACUCCACCAGAGUCACCGAGUUCUCCACCUACUCUGUCCCAUCAUUCUUCGCCGAAUACGGAUGCAACAAGAACAGCGGUGGAGCUGCUGAAAGAAAGUUCACUGAAGUUGCGGCUCUUUAUGGUGAUAAUAUGACUGGUGUUUUCUCCGGUGGUAUCGUCUACGAGUACUUUGAAGAGACGAACGACUUCGGUCUGGUCAAGGUAUCUGAUGACGCGAGCUCUGUUAGCGAGCUUGAUGAUUUCGGUGCCUUCCAAACGGCCAUGGCAUCUGUCGCUCCAUCUGGUGUGUCAAAGGGCAGCUACACCGCCACCAACACCCAAGCCGCUUGCCCGGCCGUUGGCACCAACUGGAACGCUGCUACUCCUCUUCCCCCAACUCCAGACAAGGAUGUAUGUUCCUGCAUGGUCCAGAGCCUCUCGUGCACUGCCAAAUCUUCAGUGACGGUCGCGGACGUCGGCCCACUGUUUAACGAUGUAAUCUACAAUGGCCAGGGUUUCACCAACAACACUGGGAUUGUCGUCAACACUACAACCGGUAUUUACGGCCCAUAUUCAGGCUGCAAUGCAACUGAGAAGUUGUCCUGGGCCAUGAACGCAUACUACCUGGCUCAGAAUAGUGUCGACACUGCCUGCGACUUUGGUGGGAACGCCACAAUUGUCAGCAACCCUUCUCCAGCUUCCACUUGCUCCAGCCUCAUCGCCGCUGCUACAUCCGCCAACUCCGGAACCAGUGCUGGUACCGGAUCUUCAACAGCAUCAAAAUCAGGAGCUGCUUCCUCAACAACCAAGAAGAGCGAGGGUGGAAUGACUGUUGGUGCUACUUUGGGUAUCUCCACCGCCUUCAUGACUGGCUUCACCUUGUUGGCUGCCUUCUCUGGUGCUGGUAUGAUCUUAUUGUAG